AUGGCGUCAGGAAAUGUACAACACCAGGAGAAUGGUGGUGGCGGUAAUUUUCAAGAUGAUUUCGCUGCUGCAUUGAUGACUACAGAGGAAUUGAGGCAAAAGUUGAAUACACCCCAAUCACAACAACAAGCACCAAAACCGCUUCGCGCCGAGCAAGUCCUGUCUAUUCGCCAUCGGAUGGAGGAUAUGAUGGGUCAACUAUAUUCCUUGAAUCCAUCAGAUGAUGUUGAAGCAGAUUUACGGAAGCAUUGUCAUCAAAAGGCUUCUGGCGUUGCGCUUUCAGCGCUGCAGUAUGUCAUUACGAAAGAAGAAAAGGACCCCGAAGAAAGUGAUACAGAGCUCGAACGAGAUUGCCAGGGAGCGAUUGCGAGAAUAGCAGAACUUAACCUGGUACUGCAUCAAGAUUCGAAGGAUACUGUCAAAUUGAUCAUCGAAACGUAUACAUCGUAUCAGAGAAAAGUUUUGAGACUAAGGUCGAAACCUUCCAUUGCCAGGCUCGUAGCCUUUCGACAGCAAGAAAGUCCAAUUAUUGGAGAAGAAGAAGAUGAUGAUGAAGAAAGUGCCAAGACGCAACAUGCUCAUGUAAUUACCACUAUUCUCGCCCAAGCUUCGGCACUGGUACACCCUUUGAUCAUGUGGAAAAGUGGCUUGCCGGAAGACCUGAUAGACUUGAACCUACUGUGUACAGAAUCCAUAAAAACAUUGGACGGACAAGCACAAAGUCUUACGCAAACUGUUGCUGGUUGGUGUUUCGAAGAUCGAAAAAUAGACGAAUGGAUGACUAAGAGUGCGAAUGAAACACAAUGCCUGAACGAUACUUCCGAAUUGGACACUCUGGUGGAUGAAUUGGCAUUUUGUUGCCAAGUUUUUGCCCGAUACAUUGAACUCUUAGAUAAUUCCAGCACAGAAACCAUCAUCAAGGAUUUGCACCCCGAAUGGACGUGGAAAUAUGCUUCCCUUGAACGGUACCUUACGACGCAACAAACGCUGCUGGCGCUCCAAAUGGCCAAACCGGUCCAGAUCGUUCUGGGAACAGCCAUCCAAGUUCCUAGUGUUGUUGAAGAUGCCCAAUUCCUUAGUACUCGUGCUCUGGAUCGAGCAGCGUCAACACGAUCGACUCAGGCGAUUGGGACUGUUGCACAUUCCAUUGCCAACGAUGUUUGGUCCAAGGAAAUUACCACUGGAGUCUACCACGCAUUAGUAGAACACAAGGGUUGCUGGGAGGAACCAGCGGUACUCGAGCCUACGAGUCCUACUCGUGCAGCACCAGGUGCACCAAGUAGCAAUUCCUUUGCCCAAGCCUUAAUGGGUGCUUUGGACGAAGACUUAAACACAAAUGAGCAGUCAAUGUCAUCACCUCCAAGGUCGAAUAGGAACGCGGUUCCACAGCCACCCUCCUCAGGAUCCAUCCUUGGUUCCAUAUCUAGUUCUUUAGGAGGUGGCGAGAAAAUGCAACAGAUUCGACUGGAUAUCUACUUUUGUGCCUUGAAUGGAAUGCACUCGGCAUCCGUCGCUUGUUCUUCGUUGGUCAGCUUUCUAGAUUCCCUCUUGCCUACCGAAGACGAUGAGUCGGCAAAACAAGUUUCGCCAAUGACCCAAUUGGCUCGAGAAGAGCUCUUUCAAUAUUCCGGUGACUAUCAGCAUAUGAUGCGAGAGCAGGCAUCUCGUGUCGUGAAUGAGUUUGGCGGAUAUGUUACGGACGCAGCCGUCUACAAGGGAAGCCACUAUAUACCUGUGCUGCGAUACUAUCUCGAGCGAGAAGAUUAUGAAUUGGCCAACGCGGAGGACCUCCAGAAAGCAGAAGACGAUGCCCGAUUGCACAAGUUCAUUGUGGUGCCCUUUGAAGAAUCGCGUCUUUUGAAGCAGUUCAACAAGUGCGAUGCUGACGUGCUAAAGACCAUUUGCGAAGAAAUCGUGAUUGUUUUGGUAGAUCUAUUUCUGGAUUGCAUCUUUUCACAGACGAUAACGAAGCGAUUUACCGACUGGGGCUCUUUGCUGCUAUCCAAACAAGUCCGCACUAUUAAAAACUAUAUUUCCGGGUUGAUGGAAUCAUCAAGCGAACAUGCCAUACCAACUCUGCCGCAAUGGGAGCGCUUGUCUCAAGUAGUGACCAUACUGCAACUUGAAAAGCCAUCUGAUUGGUCCUACUACCGAGGCAGUUCCACCUUGACUCGUGACGAGGUCGAACGAACGAUGCGGCUACGUGUUGAUUUUUCACCAGAUGUGAUUGCUUCUGUUGUGUCCACCAUAAAAAGCUAG